AUGGCAUCGGACGGGAAACAAAGCCUAGACCUCGAUAGCGGCGCGACAGGGGAUUCUGUUGCGAACCGCCAUCAGUACACGUCAUUCGACAGUCGCGCCUCAGCAGGCAACGCUGGCGCUUUCGGCGCUCCACUUGCGACACCGGCUUUUCGACCGGCUAGGAGGAUAGAAGACAUGUCACCUCAGGAAAUUAUUCAGAUGCUGCCCCCAGAAGACCGCAAUGCCAUCUCUCGGGUUGCAUCACAAGGCAGAUGGACCGGCCUCUUCACUGCGGCAGCGACAGGAGCGGGCGUCUAUAGAGCACUCAAGCGCCGAGGGACAGCGAUGCCUGCGGUUGGCGCAGUGUUGCUUGGACUCACCUUAGGGUAUCCACUCGGCGUUUCCCUCACAGUGGCCUUUAAUGGCAGUAUCCUCCGGAGAAUCAGCGGGGACAUCUUAGAAAUGCAGCGGCGGAAUCGAGAUGCCUACAGCCGCUCGGCAGCAGGGUACGACUCCACGUUUCCCGCCGGGCAAACUUGGCAUCCGCAGCAAAACGCUUGGGGGCCGUGGACUGCUGCCCAGCAACAAGGCCAACAGGCGAAGUGGUCGGACACACAGUUUGCUGAGGGUAGUUUGAGCGACGCAGCCUCUGGGUUGAUGAACGACAAGUGGGGCGCUGCCGACGCAAGUGGAAAGUCCUCGAAGGAUGAGAUCCUCAAGGAGUAA